AUGAUGGACGAUGUCCCACUCUUCACUCAUGAGGAGCUGGAGACUGCCGUUUUAUCCCUAAAAAAUAACAAGGCUCCUGACCUGAUGGGGGUGGGGGACGUCGAAGUCCAGUCCGUUCGUGCCGCCAAGUAUCUUGGUGUCAUGGUGGACUCUAAGCUUAGCUGGCGGGACCAGAUAUUCCGAACGGCGGACAAGGCUGCUAAGGUGAUCUCUUCUCUUAGCCGGUUAAUGGCCAAUGUCGGAGGUCCUCGUUCCAGUCGCAGAAGGCUGUUGAUGUCUACAGUUCAGUCUGUGCUCCUGUAUGGUGCGGAGUUGUGGGCAGACGCGCUCAAUAAGGAGGUGUAUAGGAUGCGGCUUGCCAGAGAUAUUCUCCGCACAAAGAAGCUAGAGCUUGACCGAGAUGCGGUCUAG